AUGCUCUCCAGAGACUCAUACAAAAGUGUGAUCGUAGGAUCUCCAUCUCGACGCCUUGGUCAGUUAUAUUCACAUAUAUAUCCAUACUCUAGAAUGCAAUCUACAUAUACACUUCAGAAGCUUAAAAAAACAUCCAGUUUCACCGAAACGUUGGCUCCAGACCCAGAAAUUCCAAAUGUUGAUAUUGCAAAAAAUCCAGAUACCCCUCAGAGUUUGUUUCACAGUGCAAGAAUCCUAAAAUCUGGUGCCUUUACUUGGUUGCUGCCGGAGAAGCGAAAGGAGUAUAAAUAUCUGACUGCAUCGCAUCCGGCGCUCGCAGAUCUUGGUUUGGAUCCCGAAAGAGAAACUAAAAGUGACUAUUUUAGAAUGAUUGUAGGUGGACAGAAGGUGGAGACCGAUCCUUUUCCAUACUCUCAGGCAUACGCUGGGUAUCAAUUCGGAACAUUUGCCGGUCAAUUGGGGGAUGGUAGAGUGGUCAAUCUGUUUGAGGUUACUAAUCCGAACACCGGCAAGGUGUAUGAGCUUCAGUUAAAGGGAGCAGGUAAGACGCCCUUUUCACGUUUUGCUGAUGGAAAAGCUGUUUUAAGAUCUAGCAUAAGAGAAUUCGUCAUAUCAGAAUCAUUAAAUGCAAUUGGAAUUCCUUCUACAAGAGCGUUGGCAAUAACUGCUCUUCCAAAGACGUAUGCACAGCGUGGAACAACCGAGAGUUGUGCAAUUGUGUGCAGAAUGGCUCCUAGUUGGAUUAGAGUGGGAACUUUCGAUUUGUACAGAUACAGAAAUGACCGUCAAGGUCUUAUUGCAUUGGCAGACUAUGCCAUUGAUCACGUUUUCCGUGGAGAAAAGAGUUUAUGCAAAAAUUUCAAAAGCAUCUUGGGCAAGAGUGAGAUUUUACAACAGCUUGGUACGCUUAGCAAGUAUGAUAAAUUGUAUCUUGAGAUUGUGUGCAGAAAUGCUGAGGCCGUCUCUUACUGGCAAGCAUAUGGUUUUCUUAACGGAGUUUUAAACACGGACAAUACGUCUAUAUUGGGAUUGGCCAUGGAUUUUGGCCCGUUUUCCUUUAUGGAUUACUUUGAACCAAGUUACACACCAAACACUGAUGAUGUAAAUGAAAGAUACAGCUUUCGGAGCAUGCCAUCAGCUAUUUGGUUUAAUAUGGUUAAAUUAGCUGAAGAUUUGGUUGAACUUCUUGGCGCUGGUCCGGAAUUGUUGAAAGAUCCUUUUUUCCAAGAGAAGGGAUUAAAACAGGAAUGGAUUAAAAGCGUUGGUAUGAGAACCAACAAAAUGGUUCAAGCCGCGGCCGAUAUCUUUGAAUCAUAUUACAUGAACUUUUAUAUGACACUCUUGUGUAAACGACUUGGCGUAGGCAUGAAAUCCAGAGACCAAGAUGGCAUUUUGCUUUUGCUUUUCGAAACUCUCCAGAAGAGCAAACUCGACUAUAAUGGAUUUUUUGUCUUGUUACAGAAGCAACCGUUGUGCAAGACAAAUGAUUCAGAGAUAUCCAAUAUAUCUGCAAAAUUUAUUCCUGAUAACUUUGAAGAAGACCAGACAUCUGGAUAUACCAAAAGUAUGGUUAAGGGUAUCAUAGAAAGAUUUCUUAUUGCAUUCAAAAAGCGUUUAGUUGAAGAAGACAUUACUGAUGCCGAAAGAUUAAGAAGGGCAGAAAAGUACAAUCCUUUAUUUAUACCGAAAAAUUGGAUUUUGAAUGAGGUGAUUGAUUUCACCCAAAAGAAUAAUUACGAUUCAUCUUAUUUGGAUAAGUUGAUGAAAAUGUGUUGCAAUCCAUAUGAGCCCGAAAAAUGGGGUGACGAACUUGGUACACUUGAACAGCAUUGGCUUGAUGAUAAUAAAAAAGAAAAGCAGAUGUUACAAUGUAGUUGUUCCAGUUGA